AUGGUCGCCUCACGGGUGCUCAGCCUGGCGCUGCUCGCGGCGUUGUGCUCGGCACAGAACCUAUGUGCAGACAUCAACACGUCUGACUCUAGCCCAAGUGCCGAUAUCUACCAGAGCUCGGGAAAGUGCACCUCGACGUGCAAGGGCAAGUAUGCCUACGCGGUGAUGCAGUCCAGCAACUGCUGGUGCACAAACUACACGCCCGACAAGGCGUCGCAAAAGGACGGAUGCAGCCUCCCCUGCCCCGGGUACCCGUUCGACAUGUGCGGCGGCAAAAGCAGAUACAGCUACGUGCUGGUGGAUGCGAGUUUGAUAGCGGGCACCAAGGGCAGCAGCAGCAGCAGCAGUAGCAGCAGCAGCGCCUCAUCCACACCCUCAUCGGCGAGCGAUUCCGCCUCGUCAUCGGCUUCAUCUACGCCGGCACCGUCCGCCUCGCCGCAAGUCACGACGGUGGACGGCGUGGCGCGAACCGUCACCGUCAUGCCGACGCAGACGGGCGACACCGACUCCUCGGGCAGCAACAGCAACGACAGCGGAAUCAAGGUGCCGACCCUGCUGGGCAUCGUCUUUGGCUGCAUAGGCGGCGUCGCCAUCAUCGCCAUAGGCAUCAUCUGGUUCUUCUUCCGCCGGAAGCAGGACGACAAGGACAGCGACGCGGCCGCGAGCGUGAGCACGCCAGGCCGGUCGGGCGGCACCUCUAGGAGCUCCUUGGACAACCUGUCCAACCCCUUCUCCGACUCGAGAUCCCACGGCCUGUACUCGUGGAGAAACAGGUCUGGCAGCUUGGAGUUUCUGCCGGAAAAGGACACCACCCCUACGCUACGCGUGGCGAAUCCAGACCGCACGUGA